ACCCCAAGAUGCCUUAAUCUAUUUGUGUUAUUUUCUAAGAUGGUAGAUUAUGAGAAGAAAGAGGAAGUUGUAGAGACUGCAACCAGGAGAUUUAAGCAAUUCGAUACCAUCUCUCAAAAGGAUGCUAAUCAUGACGAUCUUGUUAGUGAUCAUAUUUAUUUCCCAUCAUCAACAUCAAACCGUGAUCAAACACAGCUCAGCCCAGAAACAGCUGCUCGAAUUAUGAAAGAAAGGAAUAUAAUUCAAAAGAGCCUUCCUGAUUCAAUUUACGUUAGGGCGUACGAGGAUAGAAUCGAUCUACUAAGAGCUGUAAUCAUUGGAUCAGCAGCUGGCUGCACGGUUUACAAUUGGAUCGGGAGGUCUGUUUUGAACUACUUGAAACUCACCAAGAAAAUCUUAUCUGCUUGGAACCCAAGCCCGCCAACUCAGACCAGAAGGGGACAUUUGACAAGGAUAUAUUUCUGUCAAGUUGUCAGACAAUGCUUGCCAUUCUUCGUAAGCCACCGAAACAUUUCGAAGAAUUUGUCGUUCAGCAUUUCUGUAGCCGUGCUAAAAGUGUAUUGAGUGCUUGCCAAGUCCGGGAUGGUCAAUCUAAGGUUGACGGAUAUGUUACCAACGGUGAACAUCGCAUAUACGGGAGAAUUUCCAACACUACCGCAGUUAGUGAAGAAUUAAAAGGCUGCACAGAAAGCAUGAAAAGCAUUUACUUAAAGCUCGAUAAGGCGUUUACAGAGACUCCGGCUACUAAGUCUUUGAAGGAUGACUGCGAUACUGGAAAUAUCAUUGCAAGUGACAGGGACGACAAAUGCCCCUUUGAUGAGAAGACAAAUCCCAGCUUAACAGGAAACAUCCAUGAGGCUUAGUUAAAGGACGAAUUUCGACUGAAAACUUCUCCACCAGCUCUUGAAGAAAAGUGUAACUACCUAACGAUUAGCUAAUUAGAAACCCAACAGAGAGAUGCCGACUACCAAAUAGACUACCUACAUUUGGAUCUGGACUAUUAGUUAACAAGGUUUUUAUGAUCUUUAGUUCCUCCUUCGGGACAAAGAACUUUAUUUAUUUCGGUCGCAUAUACCCGCUUCAGUUUUAAGUUAGUAGUUGAUUGGUACACAGGUAAUUCUCAAUCACAAGUAUAGAUGGAGCAAGGAGAUUUUCCAAGCAUCUGACAUGCGAAUACUCAGGUGGUUAGGAUGCGAGACUUCCAGAUCUACGGACAACAAGGGUUGAAGCUGUUUUUAAGAAACAGAUGCACAAAAUAAACAAACAAAAAACUUAUGAAAACAAAGCACAUCCAUGGUGCCAGAAUUUUAGAUUGUCAACCAGCAGUAAGGAACUUGUGAACAUCUGAGAAAAGAAAGUAACAAAGUUACAAAACAUAAUAACUUUCACAAUAUGGGUCAUGACGACUAACGAGAGAGACCAAGAGAACAGUCUCUCAAUGGCAAUCCAUCUCAAAUUUUAUUUGGUCCAUAAUGUAUACAUCAAUUUUGAAUAGAUAGGCAAGCGAGAUUUUUUCCUAUUAAGUUAGAGAUUAGACAAAAUAAAUAAAUAAAGAGACUAUAUCAACGGAAAUAAAAUAAAUUAAAAGACAACAACACCACUGCUUACCUCUAUGAUCAUCAUAUACCCCAAAGAAGGAUGUCGAACUGUCCAGACCAGGGCAGCAUGAGCAUCAUGCAUGCUAGGACACCACCUUGCAUAGAGGAUAAUCCAAACCUUAGGUUGCCAUUCUCGCCAUCUUCUGAAAACUUAUCAGUUUUGGGCGUACUGAGGUAAGGGCCUAUUUAUAUGUUCCAGGCAUGGUGAAUCGUUAAGAGUACCUUAA